ACACAAAGCCUAAACUCAUCACCAAAACAAAAUAUGUCGACUCUCAACCGUCUCUUUGAUCUCCCUGAACAGAUAUGCUAUGUGCAAUGUAGUUUCUGCACCACCAUUUUACUGGUAAGUGUCCCAUGUGGUAGCUUAUCCAUGGUGGUAACGGUGAGAUGUGGCCACUGCACAAGCCUCCUCUCUGUCAACAUGAUGAAAGCCUCGUUUCUCCCUCUUCAUCUUCUAGCUUCUCUUAGCCAUGAUGAUGAGCCAAAAGAGCAAGAGGAUGCCAAGAAGGCCUUGAACAGGCUCAGCCCUUCCAUAAUGACUUCUUCUGACAAUGAAGAAGAGUCCUGUGUGAAUCACAUCGUUAAUAAACCUCCUGAGAAGAGACAAAGAGCUCCAUCAGCUUAUAACAGCUUCAUUAAGGAAGAAAUCAGAAGGCUCAAGGCUGAAAAUCCAAACAUGGCUCACAAGGAAGCUUUCAGUACCGCUGCAAAAAAUUGGGCCCAUUUCCCUCCAAUUCAGUACAAAGGAGAUGGAGAAAGCUGUGGGCAGGAACAAGAAAAGGCAGCAUGGAACUCUAAUGCCAUUGAGACUGAUCAGGUCUAUGGAGACGACAAUAAUUGCUUCCGUGAAAGAAAAUCCCCAAUGCGUUCAAUACGAGCAAAGACACCGUUCGAGUAAAAACGAUUUAGAUUUAGAUAUAUAAACUACCUUAAGAAGUUGUAUCUCUUUUAGGGUUAGGGCUGUAUUCAGGUCAUUUGCCUUUUUGAGGUAGAUGCUCUUGGGAAUGAGAGAUCAUAUUCACAUCGAGUUAUAUAAGACUCAUGACUGACUCAGAAAACUUCAGCUUUCAAAGGGUUAUUAAUAUAUAGUUCGUGGAAUUUACUAGUGCUAGAUCAUUAAUUAACAUCCAACGUCUGAAUAACAG